CCUACAUAUAGUAGAGAGUCUACUGUGAAAUUAGAUCGAAGUUAAUGCAUGAAAUGCAUCUAUUUUUUAACCAUCUAGACUAAGAGUGAAGUGGAUUUUGAAUAAUAGCCAAAAUCCUGAUGGAGAUGUACUAGUGAUUUGAACCGCAACUUUACUAAGUCCAGUGCAUCUCGGAAAGAAAAUUGAAAUAAUAUUUGUUGUGUGGGAUUUGAAGUUCACGAGUCGUUUUUAUUUCGGUAAUAAGGUCGCAAGCCUGAUAAAAUUUGGAAAGAGACAAUAAAGGUAUAAGAUCAUUCUUAUCUAAUUCCUUUAUUUAGGGAGAACUGGAGUCGACUGAACAAAGUACGCUGAAAGUACAUAACCUAUCCUUAUUAUUAUUCGAGACAAUUUAACGUGUGAGCGGACACUCGCGUGCUUGUUGAUUUAUAUGUAACUUUGAUUUAAGGUAAAGUUAGUUCUUGAAAAGUCCUCGUUUGAACAUGUAAAACCACACUCAGUGUUAGCCAUAUUCUAAAGCCGGAGAAUGAAUAAAGGCUUGUCACAGAGAAAUGAACUUAAACAGACAAAAUGACACAUCUGUGGAAGACCUACUCACGCGUUUCUGAAUAAUGUUGGGACUGUACCACGCUAAAUAGUAUUAACACAGUGACACUGCUUUAAUAUCCUGUUGAUGGUUUGGCCUUCACCUGGCAAGCACUUUAUAAUACCAUAAGGGAGCUUUAUCACUUGUCGCGACGUAUUUGCCUCGCUGUCUCUCUCUCUCAGGGUUUUAUGCCCCACGUUUUAUGAGAUACGAGAUCGGAAUGAAGAAUUUAUAUUCUUCGCUGCCGUUUCUACUGUGGGUUUAUCACUACGUCAGCUUGUGUCUAUUUCUUCAAGGAGCUGGGACAGUUAACGCGGCUGAACUGGGACGCGCACCGGACGCUGAGACGUGUGACCCGUCCGAGUGUCACAUCCCCAAGUGUCACUGCCCAAGCUCGAGUCCCCCGGGGAACAUCGAACCGUCCAAGACGCCUCAGGUAAUCUUAAUCACCUUCGACGACGCAGUACACUCUGUCAACAUCGACUACUUCCGGGCCAUCUUCAAUCCCAAGUACAAGAAUCCCAACGGAUGCCCCAUAGGGGGCACGUUCUUCGUGUCGGACGCCGCUGACGGAUUCGGUCUAGAGACCCAGUAUGAAGUGGCGAAAGAGCUCCAUGGUCGAGGUCUUGAAAUAGCGGUGCACUCCCUAAGUCAUACCUACCCUGAGCAAUGGUGGAGUGGGAACGCUACAUAUAAAGACUACGUGAAAGAGAUGGUAGGGCAACGACGGAAGAUCUCCCAAAGGGCAGGAAUACCAGAAGGCGAUUUAGUUGGUGUACGAGUACCGUUCAUGAGCAUUGGUGGAGACAACAUGUAUAAAGCUCUGUACGAUAAUAAUUUCGUGUACGAUAAAUCAAUGCUAACAGGCUCGCCCCAUUUUAAGGACCGAUCCCUUCCGCUGUUUCCGUACACCCUGGAUUUCCCGCCUCAAGUUGGGACGGUUUGCGACAACGGCCGCGUGGGGAGCCUGAACUGUCCCAGGGGGUCCUACCCCGGGUUUUGGGCAGUGCCCGUGAAUCGCCCGUUCAGGAAAGAGGCGGGAGAAAGCUGCAACGGGGCCGACGCUUUAGGGUGUGAUUUUGCCGAGGAUGAAGACGUCUUUGAAUUCUACGUCCAUAAUUUUAAUCUCCACUAUGAGAACAACCGCGCCCCCUUGUGUUUGCUUCUUCACUCCAGCUGGUUUAAAAGUCACCCCGAGGGCGUGGACAUCGUCAAACAAUUCAUAGAAUACGUCGCCUCUUACAAGGACGUCUAUAUCAUUACAGUGCACGAACUUGUCCAAUGGAUGAAACAACCCACAGAUCUGUCACAAAUUCAUAAUUUCAAGCCUUGGAGGACGCGAUGUACUGGCGAUGAAAAGAGCACAGAUUUUUCCGAUUUAUUUUUAGACUUUUUAAAUUCUCCUUAUGUUUAUUUUAUUUUUGCAAUAUUUGGUUUGUUUCUCUUAUUAUUUGGGAGGCGUUGCCUAUGGAGAUGCCGGCGACUCUUGAUCUCUGUUGGAAAAACAACGGACGGAAAAACGGAGAGAGUGAAAAUUGAUUAUUAGACAGUAUUUGGUAAUAUUUCUUUUCUUGUUGACUAAUAAUAAUUUGAUAUUGAUAAUAAUUUACGCCGAUAAAAUUG